CCUGCUUGCUUACGCACCAGCAGCCAACACACACACACAAACAACGGCAACGCCGACACAGCAAGCAAGCAAGAAGCAAGCAAGCAGUUGACGACUUUCCCUUGCUCGCUUCCAAGCCUCCAUUCACAUCACGCCACCCAUCACCCACCACCACCAAUCACGUCCCCAACUGCUGCUUCACGACUGUGUCGUCUAUGACACUGACACCCAGGGGAUCCUCUCAGAGUUGCCGUCGUGCACGGUCAAUAUCAUCCUCACAUUGAUUGUCACAUCACGGCAUUGUCUUUCCCCAGUUCCACACACAUCACCACCCACACACACGGCGCGCGUGAUCGACGCGACGCGACGCGACGCCAUGUAUCCCGCGGCGAAGCGCGCCAAGUUCCUGGCCAUGGAGACACAGCCUGAUUCAGGCAGCAUGUUACGUGCAGCCGUCGCCCCUGCUGUCUCGUGCGGGCUGCACCGUGAUGUGGCGCAGCAGCGCAGAAGCGCGCCGUUGGCGCCAAUUGGUGUGCGUCGACCACAUCCACCCACCGCAAAACGCAGACACAACAUCGAUGUCGACAGCGACAGCACCAGCAACACGGGCACCACCGCCACCCACACCAGCAGCAGUAUGACCAACACAUUCUCCCGCGCGCACCGUGCGUCGGGCACACGGUUGACAGGCACACGGUUUACGCGCGCAUCUCCAAUUGACCUGAUGGAUGAGGACGACGAGCAGCCGCCAUGCAAGCGCCCCACACUGUCCAUGGCCACAGAGGAAGACACACCCGUCCACAUCAUCGAUGACAGCCAGCAGCACGACCCGCGGGCGCGCGCGUGCAACAGUGACGAGGAAGGGGAAACGGACGACGUAUGUGUCGUUGAUGUCGACACGCCACGCAGGCCAGCGAUACGCAGAGGGAGCGUGAUUGUCGUGGAUGGCGAGGACGCGCUUGGCGCCUCUGCGCUUCGCUCGUCCACAGACCCCAUUGUUCUUGUCGACGAUGAUGACGACGGUAAUGGGGACGGGAAUGGGGAUGGUGACGACGACGAUUCUGCGUGGGACUCGGCAGUGGAUAUCCGAUCAUCCAGCACGAGCAGCACGGAAGACAUGACGCGGCACAGCGGAGUACGCGACGGCACGGCAGCUGGCAUGCGUGGGUAUGGUCCAAGUCCCGGCGAAGGACUCAGUGUGCCAUUGCAUCGCUCGUCAUCGGCGCCAUCACGCUCAUCCUCCUCGUCGGCUCUCUGGUUUACGCCCACGCCCGCGGCUGCACCGACCGCGGGCAACCAGCAGCUGAAGCAACUCCAUCUCCUCCGCCUCCAGCGCAGACAGCAGCAGCAACAACAACAACAACAACAACAACAACAACAACAACAACAACAACAACAACAACAACAACGACGACGACGACGGCAGCCACCGCGGCAACAGCGGAUGUAGUCGUGUGUGUCUGUGUGUGCAUGCAUGGCCUGGCAGCCAUAUUGGACCUUUGUCUUGAUGCGAGCAGCAUUUCACGCGACCUCGUGUGAUGUGCUGUGCUCAUGGUUAUGUGCCUUGUGUUAAAGUAACCUGCAAUGUAACAGCAGCAGAGAUGGCCCGCGUACUGUACGCGUGACCCUCCUCCCUUAUGUUUAACUGCCCCCUUUCUCCUUCUUGCCCCUCUUCGUGCUUGCUUUGUUGCCGGC